AUGGCGCUCAUUCAGGGCUGGUAUCCUCCGUCCAAGGAGAACUACGACUUAAUCCUGCUCAUCUGGUGUUUUUUCCCCUUGAACAGCAUGGUGCAGUGGAUCAUGCCCUGGUACGGCAUGGGCAAGACCUCCGUCACCAGCAAGCUCAACAUCCCCGGCCGGCUCGCCUGGUUCACCAUGGAGGUGCCGGGCUUCCUCACCCUGCUGUACAUGGUGCUCACCCUGCCCGGGCUGCACGGCAUCACCGACCUGCCCUGGCAGAACCAGGUCCUGGCAGGCCUCUUCGUCAUCCACUACCUCUACCGCGCCGUGCUGUUCCCUUUCCUGCAGCCCUCCAUGUCGCCCAUCCACGUCGCCGUGUGGCUCGCCGCCCUCGCCUUCCAGCUCUUCAACGGCACCCUCCUCGGCAGCUGGCUCGCGGCGUACGGCCCCGUCACCGAGGCCGCCUGGCGCGCCCAGCUGGGCCCGUUCCCGACCCUGCAGUUUGCCGUGGGCAUCGCCCUGUUCUAUGUCGGGCUGGCGGCCAAUUUCUACCACGACGACGAGCUGCGCGAGAUUAGGCGGCGCGAGUUGCAGCGGCAGGAGAAGGUGGCGACGGAGAGUGGUGGUGGUGGCGGUGGAGGACGAGGACGGGCCGCGGCGACGGUCGACAAGCACUACCGCAUCCCGCAGGCGGGCCUGUUUCGGUAUGUGCUGUACCCGCACUACCUGGCCGAGUGGGCCGAGUGGUUUGGGUUCUAUGUUGCGUGUGGGUUCUCGUGCACGCCGGCGCUCAUGUUCUUGGUGAAUGAGGUCUCGGCUAUGCUGCCGCGGGCCGUCAAGGGGAGGCGGUGGUAUGCCGAGAGGUUUGGGGAGGAGAAGAUUCGGGGCAAGCGGGCUGUUAUUCCUGGUAUUUUGUGA